AUGGAGAGGAAGGAAAAAUGGGCAAUUUGCUACAAAGGGAAAAUCAUCCCAGUAGGGGACGAGACAAUCAAAUGGAUAAGACAAGACCCAACAAAGAUUUGGGAAUGGUUCGAGAUGGACUUGAUGAUUGCCUGGAAAAACCUUUUUCCCCUCACAGAGACCAGCAAGAGGCUGGGGUGGUUGUCGAUGAAGGACGAAGCAUGGGUGAACACUCCGAACCCUUGGUGGAGGUUUCUAACAGACAGACUGGCGGUGCCGAUCCCUCCAGUGCUCAGCUCUAGUUUGUCAGCAACAGAAUCAAGGGAGCAAAUUUCAGAAAGAUCUUUGGCGGAGGCAGAAGCCGAAUGGACACGGACAGACAUCACGGAGAGGAAGACACUUCAAAACAGGCCGAUAGAGUGCUUGUUGCUGGGAAAUCUCCACAAAGUGAAGUUGAUGCAGGUUGCAGAUCAUGUGAUCAACUUAACAAUGCUCAUCAAGGCCUUACAGAGCACGAUGGGGAUUAUCAAACACUCGGUCACCUUGCUCAGGGGGCGACUAGAGUUGAAGAUGGAACUCCUAGAAGCAUGGAGGUUGAGAGACACCGAGGAGGGUUCCUCUCUAUCCCAGUUUGAUUCUACCACUUAUCCAAAUAAAAUCAUGAAUAUUUUGGUCUGGAAUUGUAGGGGUGCAAUGAAGCCCGAGUUCAGGAAGGCUGUUAUGGAUCUUGUUGAUUGGCACGCUCCCAUUCUCAUGGUUAUUACUGAGACGAGGUUGUCUGGAGCAAGAGCAACUGAAAUUAUAGAGGGUUUGCCUUUUGAUGGCUGUGCAGUUGCAGACACUAUUGGGUUUGCUGAAGGCAUUUGGAUGCUCUGGAGAUCUGACCGGGUCCAGGUGGAUGUUCUGGUAGUAACGGAGCAGGAAAUCCACGCUCUCAUUCGGGUAAGAUCUCAACCUUUAAACUGGUUAAUUAGUGCCAUUUAUGCUAGCCCUAGAUUUGCUGAGAGAUGUGUGCUAUGGGAUAAUUUAAAAAUGCUUGCUUCCUUGCAUAAUCUGCCUUGGGCUAUCAUGGGGGAUUUUAAUGAAGUGAUUGCAGAAGAAGAAAAGUCUGGGGGUUUCUUGCAAAGGUUUUGGCUCAUGGUUGGUGAAUCAGUUAAAAAGAUUAUAAGGGACAUUUUUGAAACCCAUGAGAUGCCUGCUUUCCUAAAUCAGACCCUUAUUGUGCUCAUACCCAAGCAAUUAGGUCCUGAAAUCGUGGGUCACUUUAGACCCAUCAGUUUAUGCAAUACGGGUAGAAAAGGGAAAGAUGGGUACAUGAUCGUCAAGAUAGACCUUGAGAAGGCUUAUGAUCGCCUUGAAUGGAGUUUCAUCAAAAUGGUCCUCGAGCACUUUGGUCUGCCUGAAAAUAUUGUCAAAUUGAUAAUGAGUUGUGUCUCAUCAACUACCACUUCUAUCUUGAUAAACGGUAGCAAGAUGGAUUCCUUCCAGCCCUCACGUGGAAUAAGGCAAGGUGACCCUUUAUCGCCCUAUUUAUUUAUUUUAUGCAUGGAGUUUUUGGGGGCUCAGAUAUCAGGUAUGUGUGAGCAAAAGAGGUGGGAUUCAAUCAAGGCAUCAAGGAAUGGCCCUAGCUUCUCCCACAUCUUCUUUGCUGAUGAUUUGUUACUUUUUGCAAAGGCAAACUCUAAAAACUGUGAGGCAAUUAUAGAUGUGCUAGAUCACUUUUGUAACCUUGCAGGGCAGAAGCAAGGAAGAAAUGGAAAUGCUUUCAAUUUUGUAGCUGAAAAAAUUCAAGCUAAGCUUGCAGGGUGGAAGUCGAGACUUUUAUCAAGAGUUGGUAGAUUAGUGCUCAUCAAAGCAGCGGCUGCCCCUAUAGCAGAUUACUAUAUGCAAUGCCAUGCUCUUCCUAUAAAAGUCUGUAAUAAUAUUGAUAAGAAAAUGCGUGAUUUCUUAUGGGGCUCCACUGAUGAGAAGAAAAAGAUGCACAUGGUAAAUUGGCAAACUGUUACGCAGCCAAAGGAGCUAGGUGGUCUGGGGCUUUUUCAAACAAGACAUAGGAAUCAAGCUUUGUUGGCGAAACUUUGUUGGCGUUUGGCAUCUGAGCAUGAGGCUCUUUGGGCGCGUAUGCUGACUGCAAAAUAUUUAUCCACAAGAAGACUAACUCAAGAGGGUAUAAAACUGCCAUGCUCAAGAAUUUGGGCUGCUUGUAAAGUUGGGGGCCCAGUUUAUGUUAAGGGUCUUAAGUGGACUGUUAAUAAUGGCAGCUCAAUUAAUUUCUGGAAGGAUUUUUGGCUGCCAUGUGGGCCUCUCCAAAGCAUCAUUGAAGGCCCUCUACACCGUGAUGAAGAUCAACUAACGGUUCAGCAAGGGGUUCUGAAUUUAGUUAGGGCCACUCCUUUUGCGCUUAACCAAGAGGCUGAAGACUCUCUCGCUUGGGCUUUUUCAAGGGAUAGUUUGCCUACUAGUGAAAUUCUAGGUUCAAGAGGUUUAAACCUCAACCCUUUAUGCAUGAUUUGCCACCAGGAGAAUGAAUCGGUGGACCAUCUAUUAAGAAGAUGUUGUGUGGCGCAGGAUCUAUGGCGUAAGCUCAAGUUUCCUUGUGAUCUUUUGUCUACUUUUGAUCAACCAAUAGGGAAGUGGCUGGAAUUGAACUGCACUACUGGGGUUAUCUCUGAUCUUUUGGGCAUUUCGUGGAAGGUUGUGUUUCCCAUGGGAAUUUGGCAGCUUUGGCUUGCUCGCAACAGGCUGAUGAAGCUUAACUCUGAUGGGUUUGCCUUGGGGAACCCGGGUAAGGCAGGGGGAGGGGGCUUAAUUCGAGACCACCAGGGAAAUUGGGUUAUAGGAUAUGCCAGGGCUCAUGGAUACACUAGUAGCACCAUUGCCGAGCUAUGGGCUCUUCGUGAUGGUUUGGAAAUCGCCAAAGAUCUUGGGCUUAACAACCUCAUUGUUGAGAUGGACGCCUUAAGCAUUGUCUUGCUAAUGAAUAACAGUAAGGCCAAUCUUUUAAUGGAACCUUUGUUAUCUGACUGCAGGAAGCUGCUAGCUGCCAUUCCCAACAAGAGGGUUGUGCACACAUUCUGUGAGGCGAACCAAUGUGCAGACGUGCUGGCAAAAUUUGGGGGAAGCUCCAUUUCUAAUUUUGUUGUUUUUUUGAACCCACCGCCUGUGGUGGUUGAUAUACUCCUUGUUGAUAAGGAGAACUCCUAUUGUAAUAGACUUGUUCCUGCUUAG